UCGAGUAUCGAAUUUACCCAUCCCUACUGUGCUGUGGAAAAAAUAAGAGCACGUGUGGUGACAUUGUUCCUAGUAAAUUUCACUAAAGCCUAAAUUUCUAAAAAUAAAUUUCUGUAAAGCCGAAAAUAACACAAUGGUUAAACCAAAAAAAUCUAAAUUGGCAUCAACUAAAAAUGUGGCGUUGGUUAAACAGUUGGCCGAAGGAAAAGUCACAAAACGGAAGAGUAAAGAAAAGGUCCAGCUGCGAGCAGAGGAGUCUUCGGUACUGGACAGUAAGACAAGUAAAAAAAUUUUAGCAGCGGCUAAAGCGCAGCAAUUGGAAUUUAACGAAGAUAAUUUUCCAAGCCUAGAGCGGAAAAGAACCUAUGCUAACAUAAAUAUAGGCGAGGGUAUCGAUGAUGAAAGCAAAGAUGUCACGGAAAACGACUUCAUGGAUAAUUUGGAGAUUGGCGAAGAAGACGCCAAAGCAUUUGAACGUUUCCAAAACCCACAGGAGGGCAAACGUACAUUAAAGUUAUCUGACAUUAUUAUGGAGAAGAUCCAAGAGAAGCAACAAGAUAUACAAAGUAAACUCACCGAAGAUGGCUCCCUAAAAAUAGAAGAUGUAGACCCGAGAGUUCGUGAAAUGUAUGAAGGAGUACGAGACGUAAUGAAGCGAUACCGGAGUGGAAAGGUCCCAAAGGCUUUCAAGAUUAUUCCAAGGUUACGAAAUUGGGAGCAAAUUCUUUUUAUAACGGAACCACACAAUUGGAGCGCGGCCGCCAUAUUUCAAGGAACUCGUAUAUUUUGUUCAGUUCUCUCACACGCUAUGGCGCAAAGAUUCUUCAAUUUGGUCCUGCUGCCUAGGAUACGAGAUGAUCUAUGCGAAUAUAAGAAAUUGAAUAUGCAUCUAUACAACGCGCUUAAAAAGGCACUCUUUAAGCCAGCUGCUUUUAUGAAAGGAAUAAUAUUACCUCUAUUGGAGGCUGGUGAUUGUACUCUACGGGAAGCAAUUAUAUUUGGUAGCGUUAUCGCGCGCAGCUCAAUUCCCGUACUGCAUUCGUCUGCAUGUUUGCUCAAAAUAUGUGAGAUGGGUUACACUGGUGCAAAUUCAAUUUUUAUUCGGUAUUUCUUGGACAAACGUUAUGCCUUACCUUAUCGUGUAAUCGACGCAGCUGUAUUUCAUUUUAUAAGAUUUGAAAAUGAUAAACUUGAAAUGCCUGUUUUGUGGCACCAAAGCUUGUUAACUUUCGCUCAACGUUAUAAAAAUGAUAUUUCUUCGGAGCAAAAGGAAGCUUUGCUUAACUUAUUAAGAAAACAAUCGCACCCCAAAAUAACACCUGAAAUUCGAAGGGAGCUAUUGGCUGCAUCCUGCCGAGAUGUUGAAAUGAUGGAAUGUGAUAAUGAAAUUACCGCUUUGCCAGUUGAAAUAUAUACAGACAAAGAUGUAUGCUAUGAAUAAGAAAAAAAUAAAGUCGUGCGUAUUCUGUGAACUGAUGAAAAAAUUGUAA